CUAUUCAUUUCAAUUUGAAAAAUAACUUAUAAAGGGCUACAGCUCUGAUGUGAACGAACGUAUUCCGGCCAGACUAGAUAACAACAUUCUGAAUCAGUGCUAGCUUUUUAAAGGAAAUUGUUACUCAAAUUCCCGAUUAUAUCACAUAAUCUGAUAAGCACUCGCACUGUAUCACCCUUCGAACGUGAAACAGCAACAACAAUGCGAUGAUUCGAUCGCCGACAAGCGCAAAAACGUAUCGCAGAUAACAUUAUUAAGUAUUUUCUACGUGAGUGCGGCGGUCCCUGUGUCCUAAAUCUAAAUAAAAAUGGGCGUGAAAAAAUAUUUCAAAAAAGAGUUUCAAGCGUCGAAUUUCAACUUGGAACAUGAUAUUACUCCUGAUUUUUAUUUAGGAUGCUGGCAGACAAACCGAUCGUGUGUGCCUUUGUUGUGUUUGCGUGCGAUAUUGUGUGCCGGGAAUAUAGCUAUAGUGAUAGCGUCCUGGGUGGUGUUGGCUGAUUUGUUGACUAGCCACGGGUUUUGGUGGAUCUAUCUGACGCAAUGGGGCAUCCUUGCUAAUGCCCUAACUUCGAUAUUUGCGUUUGCAAUAUCUCUUAAAGUUUACUUGGGUGGUCCUAUAGAUAGUGCUUUUGGUCUCCCGUGGUACAUAAAAUUAUACUGGUUCCUGUUUAAUGCUUCAGUGCCGAUGGCUUUUAUGAUAACCGUAUUUUACUGGACUUUCCUCAAUGCAGAGUUUGAUAUACCCGGCUUGGAUGCGACGAUGGAUAUAUUUUCUCACGGCAUCAACUCUGUGACGAUGUUUUUGCUAUUGAUCACCGCGAGGCACCCGACCCGUCUGCUGCACUUUUACCACGCGGUGGCGUUUGGCAUAUUAUACCUCGUGUUCAGCCUGAUCUACUACUUUGCUGGAGGACUUGAUUCGAGCGGGAACCCCUGGAUAUAUCCCAUGUUGGAUUGGUCAAAUCCCGGCCCUACGGUCGCGGUGGUGGUUGGAGUGGCCAUCGGGCUCAUUAUACUGCACGGACUGGUCACUCUCUUAUCGCUGUGCAGGAACCACUUCAGUCAGCGGUUCAGGAAGGAAAAUAGAUCUUUCUCGGUUUCUGGAUGAAAGUAAUAAAGCCUUUUUUUUUUUUUUUUUUUUUUGACGGAGUGGGAAUGCAUUUACGCACGGUGUGUGGGACUCGCCGCUCCUUGUCCCUCUCUUGGCGAGAGGGGGGGAGAAAUUGGCCCUACCCACUAAACCCACUCCGGCGUUUCAUCCUCUUUGCCGUUCGUGAGGGCACACUGGG